AUGGACCUCCCUAAGAAAAUUUGGGUUGGACUCAACAGAAUACGCACAGGGCAAGGCAGAUGCAACGAACUCAUGUACAAAUGGAAGUUCAGAGAGAGUCCGGGAUGCGACUGUGGCGCAAAUAUACAAUCAAUGCAGCACUUAAUCCUGGAUUGCCAUUUGAGAAGUUACGAUGGUGACCUGGAGGCUGGAAGACUUCAUCAAAGUGACCCCUGA